AUGGCUACGGCUGAAUCAAAAAUACUAGAAGAAAUCGAUGACAACUUUCUUGUUUGUACGGUGUGUUCUGAGAGAUACCGUAAUGCUAAGAUUCUACCGUGUCUGCACAGUUUCUGUGAGCAGUGUAUCCACAAACUGGUACAGAAAUCGGGAGGUAAGAAUAUACCCUGCCCAGUGUGUAGACGAGUUCAUGACCUCCCAGAAGGAGCCAGCAGUGUGCAGUCGAACGUAUUUCUAAACGAGUUGGUCGUCUUACUUGGAAAACGAGACAAAAAGACAAACGAAGUACACAAAUGUGAAGGGUGUCAGCGAGAUCCGAUGACCACCCAUUGUAUUGAUUGUGCAAUAGGACUAUGUGACAUUUGUAUAUCGACCCAUAAACGACUUCCGUCUACGAAGUCCCACAACCUGAUGUCACGACAAACGUUUGAGGCUGCAAAGUCCGUUGACAUUGCUACGGUCCAACCACAUGUUUACUGCGGUAGUCACCCUGGUAACCAGCUGAAAUUCUAUUGUGAUACCUGCGAUGUUCCAAUUUGCCUGGAGUGUACCGCACUAAAUCAUAAAAUAACCGAACAUGAUUACCGAUAUUUGAAAGACACCGCCUCCCAGUAUGCCGCGGAUUUGACCAAGGUGACAGACAUGCUAGCAGAGAAAGAAAAAGAAGCGAGGGACAGCAAAGAAAACGUUCAGCGGAUGACAGAACUGCUAGAAAAUCGAUUUAGUGAACAAGAACAUAAACUAAAUGUUCACAUUGAGAGGGUGGUGGCAGAAAUCACGGCUAAAAUUCGUAAAAACGGUGAAGAAUUGUUGCAUGAAAUGAACAAGAUUUUCAGUGAGAGAAAACAAAAUUUGCAUACGCAAAUGAAAGAACUUGAAAUUGCAGAAAAUGAUAUGAAACAUGCACAUGACUUUGCCACACACCUAAUGAAUUAUGGGAAUGCUGCACAGCUGAUGUCUGCUAAGAAGGGAAUGACGUCACAGAUAGAUGAACUGCUGAAACUAAAAACCAAACAGCAUCCGGCUGAACACGACUACAUGGAGUUUCAAAGCUAUGAUGACUUCUGUGAGACCAAAACUCUGGGUGAGAUACUUCACAACAAAUACAUUUUGGAGAUGAAAGAUGUAUCCACAUAUCAUAGGAUUGGUGAUGAUGUAUCCAUAACCAUGGCAACAACUGGUGGCAAUGUGGUGGACUGUGUAACAUUAAAACAGAAAAUCCAAUCUGAAAUGUUGACUCCACCCAACACGACAGAAGAAGUGGAAGUGACUGACAAUAAAGACGGGACUUGUAGUCUGACAUAUCGGGCUAAGGUAAAAGGGGUGCAUGAAUUGACAGUUUUAGUGAAUAACAAAUCAGUGCAGGGUUCACCUGUUAAGAUUAAUGUAAUUCCUAAGAAGGGGUUGAUGGGUAAAUAUGGUAGGAAAGGAUCAGGAGUGAGUCGGUUUUACUAUCCUGAGAGUGUCCUGAUAACCAGUGAGGGGAAUGUAUUAGUUUGUGACAGGGGAAAUAAUAGACUUCAAUUACUGACUUUUGAUGGAAAACAUAAACGAAUGAUUCAAUUCACUGGUUUUAAUAAAUCAUUCUGUCCAUGCUUUGCUGCAGAGUCACAGGAUGGUGAUUAUUUCAUAACAGAUGUUACUACUGAUACAGAUGGAUAUGUGUAUGUGAGUGAUACCGGUAAUAAUAGGAUUCAGAAGUAUGACUGCCAUGGUCAAUUUGUAUGUCGUAUUAAUAGUCCUGGUGAUGGGUUGAGUGGUCCCCGUGGUAUCUGUGUCACAAAUGAUAAACCAUUUGGUAAGGUUGUAGUGGCUGAUUAUAACAAUCACUAUAUUAAAAUAUUUGCACAAUAG